CUCCAAAACCCACAUCCUCAAACACUUGUACGUUUAACUCUAAGCUACGAAAGCAAACCAGCAGGGUUUUGAGAAGAUCAGCAUGGCAUCAAAAAGAUCAGCUCCCAUGGCCCUCUUUUUGGCACUCAACAUGCUCUUCUUUUCCCUUGGCAAUGCUUGCAACUCCUGCCCUUCCACCAACCCUAACCCGACCCCGACCCCCACUCCAUCUGCACUAGGCAGAUGCCCCAGAGAUGCCCUUAAGUUAGGUGUGUGCGCGAAUGUGCUUAACUUGAUCAAUGUCACCGUCGGUUCACCCCCGGUGAAGCCGUGUUGUGCCCUUCUCCAAGGCCUCGUUGACCUCGAAGCUGCCGUCUGCCUUUGCACCGCCAUCAGAGCUAACAUCCUAGGCAUCAACCUUAAUAUCCCAAUCUCCCUUAGCUUGCUUCUCAACGUUUGCUCAAGGAAUGUUCCUACUGGCUUCCAAUGCUAAAUCCCCACUCUGUCACUAUCUUCAUCUUUCUUGU